UCCCAGCCAGUGUUCUCAUAUUCACACUGUCACUACUGUGCGUAGCCUCACAUAAACACAGGCGGACACAAAAUGCACAGCUGGCCGGGCAGCGGACAGGACCGAUAACUUUGUGUCAGCCUCAGCCCUCCGUGCUGUUAUGCUGUCUUUAACUUUGUGAUUGUACAUCAAAGACCACUGCCAAACAAUGAGAGGCGCCCUGAAGAGAAAGUUAGACGAGGACGAGAAAAGUCCCUGCUCUUCCUCGUCCUCUUCGUCUCCAUCCUCCCCCUCCUCCCCCUCCUCCCCCGCCUCCUCCGGGUGGGAGUCUGAGGGGGACAGCGGCUCCUCUGGGAGCCAGCACUUCUCACCUCGCCGUCCCGCCUCUCCCAGCUCUCUGCCCGUUCGCUCCAUCCUGAAGAGGCCCGGGCUUACCAAAGGGCAGAGCAGCGUGUGCUUCGGUCAGGUGACUGUGUUCAGCUUCCCCCGCUGCCAGGGCUUCAGCAGCGUGCCGGGCCGCGGGGGGGCGUCUCUGGGCAUGGCGUGGCGGCACAGCGCCCUCCGCAGGUUCACGGUGGCCGAGCACGCGCUGGAGCGCAGGCAGAGGCGCACGGAGAGGCUGAGGCAGGACAGGAUGGAGGCCCUCACACAGAAACCAAUCGAAAGCGGAGCCGUCGAGCAGCCCGAAGCCGGCAGCCUCCCUCUGGACCGGGUCCUGGACGAGGACGCUGACGGCCCCGGUGGUGACUCCGAGCAGGAGGACGGAGGUUCCCUUCAGCCCUUCUCCUCCAAACAGCGGCAGGCCCUCCUCCAGGCGGCGGGGGUGACGUUCAUCGACCGGGAGGAGAAGAGGCAGCUACACGCCCUGCGGCUCUCCAGAGGAAGCUGUGGCUGUGACUGCCAGGGCUUCUGCGAACCCGAGACCUGCGCAUGUAACCUGGCAGGCAUCGGUUGCCAGGUGGACCGCUUCAACUUCCCGUGCGGAUGCACAAAGGAGAACUGCGGGAACACCCGGGGGUGCGUGCAGUUCGACAGCAGGCACGUGCGCACCCAUUACAUCCACACUGCCAUGAGGCUGGAACUGGAGCGCCGGCUGCAGGAGGAGGGGCGGGGCCCGGGGGGCCCGGGGGGCCAGACGGGACUUCCCGAGGAGCUUCACGAGCACGGAGACGAGGAGGAGGCUCAUCGGGCGCAGAGUGCAGGGGACAAGAGAUGUCCGUUUGGGUUUACUCUGGAGGAGGACGGCCUUCCUCUCACCAUGCCCGCUGCUCCCGCCUUCCAUUUCAUCCCCGAGCGGCUGGCCGGAGAGGAGAACAGCUGCUGCAGCGACACCACCGAGUCCUCCUGCUCCUCCUCCGACUCGGACGCAGGAGCUCCCCCGAGCGGGGGGAGCAACGGAGGUCUAACCUCCGACACAGACGAGCUUUCGUGCGUCCAGCCGAUGGAAACACAGGAACCACUAACGCAGCACAGCAGCAGCUCAGAGCUGUCUGAGCUGUCUGAGCUCAGCACCGGAGCUCAGACCCCCAGCCCCCUGUCAGAGGACGGGAGGAGGGCCUAUCUGGACGAGAACGCAAAUCAGUCCAGAGACUUCUUUGACGAUGACUCUCUCGAGGAUUUCCCCAACACCCCCUCUCCCACUGUGGACUACUCCUUAGGCAGAUACAUGGACCUCAGCCUGUCAUCUGACUCCGACCUGGAGUUUUUUGACAGCGACUACCCCAUCGGACCUCUGUGCAGCUUUUUCAAAGAGCACAGACAUUCAGGCAGCUUUCAGCCCCUCCAGCUGUUUAGCUCUGUGAAUUUACCACAGUACGAGUCAAGCACUCGCCUCCUAGAGUCUCUGAUCGGCCUGACCUAAUCCAGAAAGGACCACAUGCAGUUUCCAUAGCUGAUUUGUAAAAUAGAGCAACAACACAUCUGAGAGAAUAUCUGUAAAGAGCACUGAUUUUAUAUAUAUUUGUAAUAUGAUUUUACAAAGAAUGAUUGAUAAUGUAUUUUUCCAAAAUACAUUUUUUCUACUGCCUUAAUAUUAUUUUCUCUU